CCAAGCAUGCAAGUCCUCCUCGGAGAAACAAGCACGCUCUGCUCUCUCUCUCUCUUGCAAAUUCGCCGUUGUAUCGCAUUCAAUAAACUCAUCAUAUUUUAUUCUCUCCCACGACAAUAAAUGCGGUGAACCGUGAAAAUAAAGUACCACCGCGAUAACAACUUUAAUCGAUUUUACACGGGAUGAACGUUAAGUCGUGGGUCGAUUCAACAUUAAGAGCGGCCUGUAAGCCUCGUUAAGUCCAUCGAAACAUCUUACUCAUUGGCACACCGUUUAGAUGACAGAUAAUAAUGAAAAACGCGCGUGCGGUGCGGCUCCAAAUAAUUUGUUGUUUGAUAAGAAGUAAUCACACGAACGUAAACAAAGUGUCGAAGCACGUGAAACAAGAAAAAAAACAAAAAAAAAAAAAAAACAGCAAACACGUCAGGUCGCUUUCCAGUUUCGUUGCGCGGGGUCGGGCCGAAGUAGGUCGAGCAAGUUAUUUUCAGUUCCUCGCCACACACACCUGACGCUGAUCGUGGGACAGCAGUGUAUAGGUACCCGCAUCCCUUUUCUCCCCCAAAUAGCGUCGCAACAAUGUUCAACAGUACCAAUGAAAACAAAGUGAAUACAAUGAAAAAGAAAAAAAACAACAACCAUCAAUAAUGCAUACACAAGCGCGCGACAUGAUGAACGAGUUCAAUGAUUGAUACCGAUCAUUAUGUGAAUCGUUCCGACAUGAGUACAAGUCUCGAUUUGACAGCAGACAUGGUGAACGAGGCGCGAGAGAAGCUCGUCCUGCACUGGAACUACCGGGGCCUCUCCGAGAUUCCCGAGGCGGUGCGCCACGUCGGGGCGCAAGUGCAGGAGAUCUACCUCAAGUGGAACGAGCUAAAGAGCUUGCCGAUCUGGCUGGCCGAUUUUGCGAGCGUGACGAACCUCUACCUCUACGGCAACAAAAUCGAACGGUUGCCCGAUACCCUGGGACUCAUGACUAAACUUACGGUGCUCGAUCUCAGUGCCAAUCGGCUCGAGGAGCUUCCCGAUUGUUUGGGCUCGCUCGAGGCUCUCCGCUCGCUCCUUCUCAAUCAGAAUUACAUAGCGUCCCUGCCAACCUCCAUGAGUAAGCUGCGGAACCUCGAGUACUUGUGCCUGUCGGGAAACCAGUUGGUCGUCCUUCCGGAGUGGCUCGGCUCGCUGCCAAAUCUCGCCGAGCUAUUUGCCGACAACAACAACCUACGAGAAAUUCCAAACAGACUGACGCUGUCGACAUCGCUGGACACGCUGUCGGUUUGCUCCAAUAAACUGAGCCACCUGCCCUUGAACGGAUUCGCGUCCUCUCCGCAGAUCCGCUUCGACUCAAAUUCCAGGCUGAACUACCUGUCGCUGCCCGUCUUUUGCCAGCUGGUGUCGAAAUUGCGCCAGUCGCCAAGCCAAGGGAACACCAUAGCUUAUGGGUGCUUUGGAUCGACGAGCAAUACAACGUUAAGAAGCGCCAACGUCAACAUUCAACUAUCGCUGGUACCUGAAAGCAAUCCCAGUGAGCACAGCAAGAGCAUCGUUAUUGAAUUACCGAGACAGUUGCUGGUUGUUCAUGGUUUUUGCGAUAACGGGGUUGUUUCCCUGUGGGAGUUGUCGCUCAGAAAAGUUUACUCAACCAGGUUUCGCCACACUCUCGACAUUUGUUUGGAUCCGAUGGAUCCGAGCAGCGUGCUCGUCCAGCGACAAGUAAUCGAACGAUGGAAAACGGCCGAGUAUUACACGAAACUCUUGACGCACUGUGAUUUUAUCUCAAAUGGUCCGACUAGUGUAUGCAUGCGCAAUUCGUGCGAUGAACCGAUUUUCACGGAAGCUUGGAUUGCUUUUGGAAUCGGACGAAAUGCUCUAUUCGUUCCGACUAUUGUGAUUUUUUGCAGCCACAGGUGCGCUGUGGAAUUUGUCAAGUCUUCGAGUUUUACAGAAAAUUACGAUAUGUACGUCAUACAGAGUUAAGACACGUUUUUAUUUGUAU